CCCUUUUUAGAUUACUAACAAAUAUGCCAAAUAAACGUAUCUGGACUAUGGCGAAUCCUGAUGCCAAUAUUGCGUAUUGUGAAGAUGCGGAUUUCAUCUAUAUGAGAAUAACUCGUGAUGAUUAUGCUGGUCCGGUUGAAAAUGUAUGGGCCGUUCCUUUUAUGAAGCGGCUACACGAAGUAUGGAGACGACGAGCUAUCUGUCGUCUGUCAGUGUUGAAGCUGUGGCGCGAAGAUGCUAUCAGUAAAGAUUUUGAUGCUUGGUCGCUUGAGCACAUGCCUGGUGACCUUCUAGGGCUGCGGCGUUUAUUUUCCAUGAGUCCAUUUCCGGGGCUGGUUGAAGAUGUGUCCUGGGAUCACCUAUGGGCUCAACUUGGGCCUCAGUGGUAUGACGAUGUGGCAAAUGUAAGAUAGGAAAAAAAACUUGGAAGAGAAAGAAGAUAAUAUAUUCUUUCUAAUUAUGUAUAUUGUUGCGAGUUAUUAAGGCGUCGUAUUAAAGCGCAUAUCGCAGUUUUUCCCUUGUA